AUGGCACAUCCCACACAACUAGGAUUCCAAGACGCGGCAUCACCCGUUAUAGAAGAACUUCUUCAUUUUCACGACCACGCCUUAAUAAUUGUAUUUUUAAUUAGCACUUUGGUACUAUAUAUUAUUGUUGCAAUAGUGUCAACCAAACUCACCAACAAAUAUAUCCUAGACUCUCAAGAAAUUGAGAUCGUAUGAACUGUCCUACCAGCCGUUAUCCUAAUUUUAAUUGCUCUCCCCUCCCUCCGCAUCCUGUACCUCAUAGAUGAAAUCAAUGACCCGCAUCUAACGAUUAAAGCCAUGGGUCACCAAUGAUACUGAAGCUACGAAUACACAGACUACGAGGACUUGGGCUUUGACUCCUACAUAAUCCCAACCCAAGACUUAAACCCUGGGCAAUUUCGGCUCCUUGAAGCAGACCAUCGAAUGGUGGUCCCAAUAGAAUCCCCAAUCCGCGUACUAGUCUCCGCCGAAGAUGUAUUACAUUCUUGAGCUGUCCCAUCGCUGGGUGUAAAAAUGGACGCAGUUCCGGGACGACUUAAUCAAACCGCCUUUAUUGCCUCCCGCCCCGGAGUGUUUUAUGGACAAUGUUCCGAAAUUUGCGGAGCCAAUCACAGCUUUAUACCUAUUGUAGUAGAAGCCGUCCCACUAGAACAUUUCGAAAACUGAUCAUCACUAAUACUAGAAGACGCCU